CGGGAGGCCGCUGCGCGGGUAGGAGCGCCGCCCGCCGCCCCCCCACCCGGCCCGGGGGAGGCUCGGAAGGCGGCGCCUGCCUGCCUGCCUGCCUGCUCGGCCCGCCCGCCCUCCGCCCGGCCCGCCUUCGGCGAGAGCGCGGCGUCGUGGCCGUCGGCGGCGGGCGGGCGAGCGGGCUCUUCCGGGGAGGCGGCCGGGGAGGGAAGCGGCUUCGUCGCGAGAGCCGGUCGGGCGCCCGCCCAGCCCCCGGCCGCCCGUCCCGCCGCCCGUCCCGCGCGAUGCGGCUGCUGGCGCUGCUGGCGCUGCUGGCCGGGCCGCCCUGGGCAGAUAUUUGUGAAGCUCUGAAUGUGACCGUCUCUCCGGGACCCAGAACCCGGCAUGUGGUUGGAGAUAAUGUUACUUUAUUCUGCCAUGUUUCUCAGAAAAGGCGAAGAGAAAACCUUUUGGCUGUCCGAUGGAUUUUUGCUCUCCCCUCUGCCCAGGAAUACCUGAUGAUCAAAAUGACCAAGUAUGGGGUCGUCCAGUACUAUGGAAAUUACACAAGCCACUUCUAUAAGCGAAGGCUUCAUCUUAUGGAGGAGAAACACAGGACGAUGUACACGUUUUUGAUCCUGAAUAUCCAGCAAGCCGAACAAGGACACUAUAUUUGCAAAGUUCAGGAGAUUGGCAAGCAAAGGAACAAGUGGACUUCGUGGUCCAACGGUAGUGCCUCCACUGAAGUCCAAGUACUUCCAUCCCAUUUUUUGGAUGAAGAAAAACACAAAACGUGGGCAUUUUUUGAAGACCUCUCGGUCUACGCGGUGCUGAUGUGCUCAGCGGGGAUCCUGAGCAUCCUCCUCUUCGGCCUGGUCCUCCUCUGCCAGAUCUUGAGCCACAGGAAGCGACCCCACGUGAAACGUUACUUGGUGAAAUGUCCUCAGAAAAGCUUGCAGGAGUCCGGGAGUGCCAGCAAGGCAGCCGGGUCUCCAGGCGCCCCCGCCCAGAGGAGAGGCCCGAGGGCGACAGAGGCACCGCCAGCAGUUCCUGCCAAAGCACCGAUAUCCCACGCCUUCUCAAAGCCUAAACUUCUGAAACCACAAAGGAAGCUUACCUUGAUGGUGUGUUUCCAGCUGCAGAUGUGCUUUGUAAUGCCAUCCCUCUGCCGCCUCAGCUACAGUUUAUGUUGUAAAUCAUCAUGCUAUUUUACAGCCGUGUCCAUAAGGGCUGCAUUUUACUGUAUUGCUGUCUUUUUGCAACACCCUGUUCAAAGCAGGAAGUAGACUUUUCUUCUUAAAUUCCUGUUAAAUCCCACAGUGCCUUAAAUUGUCAGCAAUAUUUUCUUGGCCCACUAUUUUGCUUUUAGUUGAAUAGGCCGAAUGCCCCACAAUUGGAGAUAUUCAGGGUUUGAAAGUACGUACGACGCAUGUAAGAUUUCCUUAUUGUUGAUAUUUGAAACUCCUUUUUAAGCUACUCAAACUUGUCAGUGAUAACCCAAGAAGCAGAAUGGGGCACAGCCUCAGGUUUCUGCUUUGGAAAUGGCCUUUGGAAAACCAUAUCUUCUAUGUUCAGUUAUUAUACGUAGUUGAGAACGAUUCUGAACCUCCUGUGUGUUUCUUCAUAUUUUCAAUCAAAUUAUUACAUACUGGAAAUAUGCAUAAGGGAAAUUAUUCUACACAUUUUAUGGUGCGCCGUUGCUUGUAGCAGUAAUUGAAGUACCUUUUCCACUUAUGAAAGUACUAAUUUUAUUUGCUUUUAUUGCUUUUCUAGAUGCAAUUAUUUAUUUAGUGUGUUUUGGCUUUAUUAAAUUAUGUUUACUAUAGGAACAUCAUAAAAAUGUAUGAAAGUAACACAUCAGCCGGGGCUGCCCAGUGACCUGUAUUGGAGGAAUCGAGGGUUAUUUUUCAUAUCCAAACUUAAUAGAAUAAAGAAGGAAUAAGGAUAUAAUCUACCCAAGAAAACAAUGCAAUUUCCAGAUAACAUAAUAAUACACCUGGACAAUGUAAUUUCAUAAAUCUUAGCUCUAAAAUUUACAUGAGCUGGGUGUUGCUGUGCCAUUUCAGAAAUCAUCGUGGUUCGGCUGGAUUUUGAAUGAGAAUUAUAACUAAAGGCCAGCUUUAUUGGAUGUGAAGCAGAGAUGCCUCCGAGGGUGAAGGUUACAUUGGCUAAUUGGCUCCAGGCUCCACAGCUGGGCUUCACAGGCCACCCGGGCAUCUUUCAGGGCCAUUUCUUCCACUCGGGGCCUCUUCCCCACGGAGGCAGCCAGUGGGCCCCCCCCCCCCCAGCGCCAUGUGUUUCAGACUGCAGGGAGAGGGACCCCACCUGGAGUGAAUGGGAGGGCAUAAAACGAGGAGCCUUGCUGAGGGCAGGGGAGAGGGUCUCCUCGGGAGAAGGUCUGUAGCCCCCCUGACACGGGCAUUUUUUUGGGAGAUUAUACCAUUUCAAGGAGAGCCAAGGUGCUGGUUGAAUAUUUUUUUCUCCCCCGCAUCCUGAAUAAAAUGGAAAAUUCAGAAGACAUUAUUGAUUUUAUUUUUACUCACAAUGACAUUUGAAUGGUUUAUAUCCUAUCAUUACGCAAUUGGCAUAAAUUGCUACAAUAUUUAACAAGCAUAGAGAAAUAAGUGAUGCUCCUCCCACAAAUAGGCUUUUAAAAUUAGAUUUCAAUAUAAUAUUUUUCAAAACAAAGAAUACUCUGUUUUACAAAUUUCUCAACUGCUUUACACCAAAGGUUUCCCACUACGAAACUAGGUGAAGAAAUGCUAGUUAUUGUUGCAUUCCUAUCCAGUAUCUAUUUAUUCAAUCUGCACCGUAUGGAGACCUUCCAGAAAUAGAGAACCAGCGCAUGACCUGAUCCUCUCCUCAGAAAAGUGAGGUUCUCUUCAGUUUCAGCCAAAGGUCUUAAGAUGAUGGAAAAUUCCAUAUUUUAGGAGUAUACUGUAACAGGAUAUCGGGAUCUUAAAAUACAGUAUUUCUUCCCAAAUUAUACUAAGCUUGAUGGGGAGAUGGAUGGCAGAUACAUUAAUUAAAUAAAGAACAGAACAAACCCAGUUGGGUGAGUUAAGAUCCUUCAAAUUUCUUACAUUUUUGACAUAACAAGACCUUUUUAAACCAUCUCGGGGGGUUUUCAAGAAAGAUUGGACAGCUAUUUGUCCGGUAUGUUAUAAGAUCACUUGCCUUGGGCUGGGGGGGGGGUAGACUAGCAGACCUCCAAUGUUCCUUUCAGCCCUAAGAUUUUAUGAUUCUGAACAUUCAGGAGUCCAAUAGAUCUGAAUUAAUAUUUUUAAACCAUAAGCAUAUUUCAUAUUUUUUAAAUCCCAGGAAGCAUUGAUUUUCUAAAAGUGGAUAUAUUGUUCCUUUCACAGAUUAAAACAUAUAACUAUACCAUAUUUCACUUUGUAAUACUUUAGUAUAUUUACUAUACAUUUGAAUGGCUGGCUUCCAUUGAAGCAAAGUAUCUCUUAAACUCAGGCUGCUGUGAGGCCGCUAAAGCAACCAGGAUGUGCCGUUUAGGUAAUAUAUUUCAGGUGAAUAUAUGGCCAGGAGAUCAUCUAGUGUUGCAUUCCCAGCACUUCUCGUUUCUUCAGCCUGCCUGGCGUUGCAGUACCUGGUUCCACUUCUCACGGGGAAAGCCUGUUUGGGGCGCAUUUUGGGGUUACAAUCUCACUUCUGGUCUGCCUUUGGUUCAUCCUUGCCGAGCCGAAGGGCGACCGGUGCCUCCCUCGGCCUGUUGGAUUCAGGCUCCUCUCUCCUUAUUCUGCAGCUGAAGGGCCGGGAGGAGAGCCUGACCUACGCCGAACUGGAGCUGCUGAAGCCUCCCCAGGAGGCCAAAGGCGUUUCUUCCGCCACCGUCUACGCUCAGAUCCUCUUUGAGGAGAACAAGGUGUAAAUGAUGCAACCAAGACGG